AUGACGGAUUACGGCCCCCCCUACGGAUAUGCCGUUCGCCGAAACGGUACCUGCGAUACCGCAGCGAACGAAGUCAAAUGCACAAAUCCCUGGGAAGACUGGCUCAACUGCUGUCCCGAAGGGACAGUCUGCGGCGAUGGCGCCGUCUGCUGUCCAACAGACUCCGGGUGCGCUGCGCCCAUCGAGGCUAACCCUCACUGCGCGAACAAUGCCACCUGGGAUCUGUACCAGCUCGACGGGUACCUUUGCUGCGAUAGCGACACGAAUGGCUUCUCGUUCUCGGGGCUUGUCUAUAAUGGCAGUCAGACGACCGGCUUUGGCUGUGCGGAUGGGUAUCCUACUGGGAGGGAUACCGAGGUGCUUGUACCGGUGGCAUACGGAAAUGAAACAGACACCGAUUCCUCAUCGUCCUCCAUGCCCUCACCAACAACCACACCCUCGACAAGCCCACGGCCCGACUCCCCCACUGCAUCAGAGACCAACCUAACAUCCGACUCCUCUUCCUCGUCCACAAACGCAGGCGCAAUUGCCGGCGGUGUCGUCGGCGGUGUUGCCGGAUUAGCCCUAAUUGUCGCGCUUAUCUGGUCCCUUCUGCGUCGCAGACGGCAGGCAGCAGCUGCCAUGGGCGCACCUAUCUCUGGUGCAGGUGGAUUAACGGAGCACUUCGGUGCGGACCCUGCAAAGGGUCAGUACGCUGUAGCUCCUGCGGAGCUCGGGGAUAAUGCGGUCCGCGCAGAGUUGACUGGGUCUCAGAACCAGCAAGAUGGAAUUCCGCAUGAGUUGCCGGGGGCCAUGCCAUCGAGAUAG